AUGAAGAAGGCUUCAACAGAGUACGAGUUUCCGUUCCUAGAAGAAGUUUACACUCCUGCGGAACAACCUAAAAUUGACUUUGUGUUCGUCCACGGCCUCAAUCCUCGCGGUCGGGUGGACCAUGCCUUCGAAACAUGGACGCAUCAGAAUGGAACCUUCUGGCCGCGGGACUACCUCCCUCAAGAUAUCCCACAGGCGCGAGUCUUCGUCUACGGCUAUAAUUCAUACGUCACAAACCCUCAAGUGAUGUCGAACGCGAGUGUGAAAGAUCAUGCGAAUACAUUGUUGAACUUGCUCGACCUAGAGCGGAGCCCACAGGUGAAUGCGCGGCCUCCGAAGAUCAUCUUUAUCGGACACAGUUUAGGUGGGUUGGUUAUAAAACAGGCUUUAUUGAACGCGCAAGAAGACCCCAAGUAUACUUCCAUCCGCACAGGCACGUACGGUCUUGUGUUCUUCGGUACUCCACAUCACGGUACGAAGGGUGUUGAGUUAGGAAAGAUUGCAGCCAAGGUCGCCAAGUUCGUGUCCAAGGGCCAUGCCAGUAACGAUCUUCUCGACUGUCUGGAACACAACUCCUUAUUCACAAGACAGAUGAGCAGCCGAUUCUGUCACCAGCUGGAAGAUUACCGAGUGAUCAGUUUCAUUGAAGGAAAAGAGGUGCUACUGGGAGGGUCAGGCCCUGCUUCUAUUAGUCAUUUGGUCGUAGACGAAGAGUCCGCGAUCCUUGGACUUCCUGGGAACCGCGAGACGCGUCUCAAGCUAGAUGCGGAUCACUCUCAGAUGUGCAAGGUCGGCACCCGAGGAGCCAUGUACAAACUCAUCAAGGGCAAUAUCAAACAGAUUGCCGACCAGCUACUAGUCACAGAACAGGGCUACAUUCCCCAGCCGUCUCCAUCUCCGCGCGUGGGGCCGCCAUUGCCACCGCGACAUACGAACAGCAGCGCUCCAUAUCCUCCUCCAAGCAUAGCGUCGCAGCCGGCGACAAAGCGAGUCAUCGGGACCCUUUACAGUCCUUUCGACAAUGAUCCACGGUCGAUUGAAGCGGCCGAGCACAAAAAUAACUGGAAGUGGGACGACGCACGGAGGGUGGAAUACGCCAUCUUCCAGGAACACUUGCGGACCCUGGGUGCAGACCACCAUAGCACAUUGCAGGUCGGCUAUAAUCUGGCAGAGAUCGACCUUGAGUCGGGAUACAUCGGCAAAGCGGCCGAAUGGUGCCAAUGGGUGUCCAAUAACAGUCAGCGCGUACUUGACAAGCGUCAUCCACUAGCAAUGAGAGCGGAAAGCUUGAUGGGUGAGAUUUUGGUCUCCCAGGGCAAACAACAGGAAGGAGAGUCCGUUUGUGCCAAUGUUCUCGCCCGGCAGCAGAUGGCAAUCGGUGAAGACGAUAUCGAUACGCUAGAAACGCGCCGUCGCCUGGCGAACGCAUAUAGCUCUGUCGACCGACGAGAGGAGGGCAUUGCAACCGCCGAAAAGCGUACGGAGGCCCUCAAGCGAUUGCUGGGUGAGAGUCAUAUCAAGACGUAUGCCUCGGUGCUUGACACUAUCGAAUUGAUAGUGGCCAAACUUUCAAGCAACAACACCGAGAUGGCUAUAGCCCGGUUUCACACGGGCACAGAAGAUAUAGUCAAUGUCGUCCAAGAGGCCUCCCGGGAGCUGAACAACUUGCUGGGUCCUCGUCACCCACUUUCUAUUCGAAGUCUCCGGCUGCUGGGUGCCUGCCAGGUCUUUGUUUCGGGCGGAAUUACAGAGCCAUCGGAAACGCUACGACGAGCGCUCGCCACGGCUGAAGAAUACCUCGGUCCCGACAACCCUGAGACUAUUCAGAUCGUAGUGUACAUGGGUCUCAUGUACGCGAAACAGAGCAAUCCAUAUAGCUACAUAGUUUCCCAGCAAAACCUCGAGUUGGCUCUGCCUUGGUUCCGACGAUUUCUGGACUGGGCUCGAAGCAGGGAUAUUUUGAGCAGUCCCGAUCCCCAGGCGGUCUUGGGCAUGCUAGCCAAUAUGUACAUGGCCAAGAGGGACUACCAACAGGCACAGAAUUACUACGAGCAGCUCGUCAAUGCAUGCCAGAAGGGGAACAUCCCCGUCUCCCCUGACGUUCAGAACAUGCUACAGUUGUGUCGGAUGAACACCCGAAUUAUAUCACCCUACGGAUCUUCAUCGGGGUUUGAAUCGCUUCUCUCCUCCUUUAAACGAUUAUAA